GCGCUGCACAGCGGCAAGAUGGCGGACCGGGAGGAGGCGCUGAGGGAGUUCGUUGCCGUGACGGGUGCUGAGGAGGAGCGAGCGCGGUUCUUCCUCGAGUCCGCCGGUUGGGACCUCCAGGUAGCGCCGUUCCGGCCCGGCUGUGGGCGGGGCUGCGGCUGAGGCCGCGGCUGAGGCCGGGCGGUGCGGGGCUCAGGCCUCGGCCCGCCGCCCCCUCGGCCCUCAGCGGCUCACCGGGGCCGGUUCUGCUGUUUUCACGGGUCCGGACCUCGAUUUGGAUCCGCUUAUCUCGUUGACUCGAGCAUAGCCAACUCAUUAAUAGAGGGAGGGUUUCGUUGAGGUUCGCGGUGACCCCCAGAGCUCUGGGGGCUGUUCCUGUAGCGUAACCCCUUAGAAAUGAGGGCCUCGGGUCGGGAAGGAAACGCAUACAGUGGUAAUGUCCUCACACAGCAAACCCAAACAGCACAGCUGGCAGCGUCCUGUCUUUGCCAGGAGAUCCAAAGGGGAAAAGCCCAUAAAAUGGCUGCAGUCAGUGUGUCUCAAGAAUUCCAGCGUGACAAAACCUCCAGUUAUGUUAUUAGUAUUGCCCUUGCCAGUUUCUACGAGGAUGGGGGUGAUGAGGACAUUCUGACUCUCCCCCAGCCGACACCCAGCUCUGUAUCCAGAGGCACUGCAGCCAGUGACCAUCGAGUAACAUCAUUUAGAGACCUUGUCCAUGCACAGGAGGAUGAUGAUGAAGAAGAAGAGGGACAGCGGUUUUAUGCUGGUGGCUCAGAGAGAAGUGGACAACAGAUUGUUGGUCCUCCAAGGAAGAAGAGUCCCAAUGAGCUGGUGGAGGAUCUGUUCAAAGGAGCAAAGGAGCACGGUGCAGUGGCAGUUGAUCGGACAGCCAAAAGCAGUGGCGAGAGUAGCAAGCCUAAACCUUUUGCAGGGGGAGGAUAUCGCCUUGGAGCUACUCCAGAGGAAGAGUCUGCCUAUGUGGCAGGAGAGAGGAGACACAACUCUGUUCAGGAUGUGCAUGUUGUACUGAAGCUCUGGAAGACUGGAUUCAGUCUGGACAGUGGAGAACUGAGAAGCUACCAGGAUCCAUCCAAUGCCCAAUUUCUUGAUGAUAUCCGCCGAGGGGAAGUCCCAGCAGAGCUGCGCAGGUUAGCACGAGGCGGGCAAGUGAACCUGGAUAUGGAGGAUCACCGUGAUGAGGAGUAUGUGAAACCUAAAAGUGUCUUCAAAGCUUUUACUGGAGAAGGACAGAAGCUGGGCAGCACCGCCCCUCAGGUGUUGAGCACCAGCUCCCCAGCCCAGCAGGCAGAGAAUGAAGCCAAAGCCAGUUCUGCCAUCGCUAUCGAUGAGUCGGAGCCCGUCACCAACAUCCAGAUCCGGCUUGCUGAUGGUGGGCGACUGGUCCAGAAAUUUAAUCACAAUCACAGGAUCCGUGACAUCCGGCUCUUCAUAGUAGAUGCCCGGCCAGCAAUGGCAGCAACCAGUUUCGUCCUCAUGACCACCUUCCCAAAUAAAGAGCUGACUGAUGAGAACCAGACCCUGAAGGAAGCCAACCUGCUCAAUGCUGUCAUUGUUCAGCGGUUAACAUAAAGGAACCCAUAUUGCUACACGCCUGCUCGCAGCGCGCAUGCAUCGUCUCAGCCAUGCGUGCACCUGCAUUGUGCAAACACAGGCUCACAUCUACUUGUAGCUCUGGGUUCUUAGGUCUUGGUUGGACUCUUUUCUCUUUAGUUGCAUUUCCUAUGGGUUGUUUUUUUUUUUUUUUUUUUUUGGUGAUGAUCAGUGGACUUUAAAAUAAAUAAAGGAAACGAACCUGUUUUCAAAGGAGAUGCAGCCUAUUGAGCCACAGAUUCUCCCAGGAGAGUUCAGUUACCUUUGUGGAAUGUGUUUCUGUGCUUUUUAGAGGGGAAGAAGGUAAGGGGGAAGGGAGUUCCCAGGGAGCUGUUUCCCUCUGUGCCAAUCAGAUGCUCUUUGCAGUCUGUUGCUCUUCCCACUCCAGGGACUGCUGCAACUCUUUUUUUUUUUGCACAUUAAAUGUAAAGAUACAAGAUUGGGUGAUGGUUGCUGUCAGGAUAAUGGUUAAUGCUACUGUAAAAGCACUGUGAGGAAAAUCUUUGUGAAACAGUUGUUGCUCAGUGUGGGGAAAACUGAUCUGUGUGUGUGCAGGUGCAAAGGUUAGCAGCACUGGGCUGUUCUGGAGGGAAAGUCCUGAUGUUCCUUCCUUCAGCAGAACACUUACGGUGUUUGUUACAAUUCCCACCUGCUCUGCCAGCACUUUCUCCUGCAGUCCAGACUGACUGACUGCAGUUUUAAUUUGCUGUAUUGCAUUUCUUUGAGAAACCCAACUUCCUGCUGAUUUUUUUUUUGUUCUAAGGAAGGCACAAAGCUGAAUCAGCUUGAAAUGACUGAAACUACAAGGCAAACAGUACCUUACUGGAAAGCAGAUUUUAUUUUAAGAUGAGUUAUUGAGUGUUGAAAACUGUUCAGGUGAAAAAUUUGAGGCUGUAGUACCCUUUGAUUUAUUUCCUUUGCUGAGGACCACAUAAGGGAACACCUGGAAUGCUCCAGUUUUGGCCUGUCCACUGUUUAGGACUCAGGUCUCCAUUUCUUUCCUUUGGGACAGAAUGCUGUGGGUGAAUUCACUGCUCAUGAACAAGGGUCUGGUAGUGCUGGUACAGCAUCGCGUGUGCAAGUUGCCAUCUAGUGUUGUGCCACGGCACUUCUCACUGAUCUGCAACACGCUUUCUAUCCCAGCCCUGUGCUUUGGAGCAGAACUUUAGAAUUUGUAUUUGCAUUGUCCUUUGGAAAAGGUUGGGUUGCAGCUGUGGUGCAGUCCUGCUUGUCCCCUGCCUCCAUCAGCUGGGAGCUGUGUGGUUGCCGUGCCGGGAGCACAUCUUGUGCUUCAGCUUCAGGUCCUCGCCUUGCUGUGAGCAGAGUGAGCUCUGGGUGCAUGCAGCUGGGGAGGACUGGCAGGUUGGGCAGGUUCAGCACGAGGAACUCGCUUGGCUGGGUGUACUAAUGCAGAACUGGAGCAGAGCUCAGCAAGGGCUUUUCUAUAGCAAGUUGAAUUAACAUAGAUUUUUCAUUACUAAGUGGACAUAUAGCGUGCGUAACAGCAUAUUUGUAAAUUAUUGUGAAAACAACCAUUAAAGGCCCGGAAAACAGGAAAA